AUAGCCUGAACCCGAAAAUGAAGGCUCUGUUUUGCAGUGUCUCUCCAAAGAGAAAUUGUUGACGAAAACUAUAAAUAUCACGUCUUCUUCACAGCUAAGAGUUAGGGUUCACAAUGUCGAUACCAGUAGAUCAAUUUUGCUUCUAAACCUAAACGGAUUCUGAAAAUUACUCAUCUCAAUUACAAAUACGCACAAAUCACACGCAUUAGAAAUUCAAGCAAUAGUCAUUAGAGUCUGAAACUGCUCAUCGCGUACAGCUUCUGAAUUCCAAUUUCCUCAGAAAUCACGCGCAUACGGUGUUUGCAUACAGAGUUCAGAGUCCCGAGUACUUCAUCGGUCCAACUAGAAAGUUCGAAAAUUUGAAGAAGAAUUUGAAGAACUUCAUGGAGUUUUUUCUCGGUAGCAGUAAUAAUAUGCAAGCUUCCAAUGUUCAUUCCUUCGACGGCAAUGUUUCGCCGAUCAACGCUCAGAACUUCAUAGGACGAGGCCGUUUCUAUCCUGGAUCAAAAACUACGAUCCUCGAUCCUUACUCGUCUUCAGAUAGUAGUGGUAGUUCUUCCAAUAAAGUCUCUCCGCUAGCCCGAUACCUUUGUCCAAGCUCGCCGGUGCCUUUUAUUAGCGAUUCUCCAAAGCACCGUUCUCUGGUCAGUACUAGCAGCGGAAGCAGAAGCGGCUGCGGCGGUGGAGUUCCCCGUUCGCCUCUAGCUUCAGUAGAGAACUUUGAGAUUCCGCUUAUGUUCAGAACUCCAGUGAAGGUCGAAGAGGAUGUGGUAGUCAUGGACGGUAUUCUGGUUGAGGCGAAACAUGGUCCGAGAGCUAAUAAAUUGUCACCGUCGACAUCAGAUUCAGGUGGACGGUUGUCUUCGUCGACACCGGCAAACGACAAUAGCGUUCAUAAAUCGGAAACUUGUCGGUGGUGGGAGGAUUCAGGCACUUGCCGCUUUGGUUCCAAAUGCCGGUUUGUACACGGGAAAGAAGAUUUACGCUCAACUGCUUUCGCCAACAGAAAUCAAUCUGAGGCACUGCUCUGCAGAUCAUACACUUCAGGACCAUCUUCUUAUGGACCACGGGGCCGAUCUGUUCAUCAGCAGGUCCACUCAGCCGCGUCUCCAGCAAAAGCAGCAAAAAUGUCCACCCCAACCACGACUUCUACUACUACUCUUAAAGUGUUUACUAAAGACAAAGAUCCCUCAAGCAGCGACAGUAGCACCUCUUCCACUCCCACCAGUAAUAUCUCUUCCACUGACUGGUGUCCCCUGGAUGACAAUAUCGAGGUUACCUUGCCUUCUUCCGGUGAAAAGUGUGCUUCCAGGGAAGAUGUUAAUGCUCAUAUACAGACUGUUCUCUAUGGCCCUUCUGGAAGAAAGAGAUUGCUGGCAUGCAUUGACUUAGUUGAGGAGUAGAUAGCCAUAUUAACAAGUCUCAGUUCAACCCAUCAAUUCUCAAUAAAGUCAUCCAUUUGAAUCUCGCCUCUUGUGGGUAGCAAGUCUGUCAUUACUAUUCGAGGAAGUAGGCUUGUUGGUGUUUAUCAUUGUACUAGCCGUAUUAUUCUUGCUUAUAUUAUCUAUCAUCAUUUGUUGUUUAACGUGUAGCGAUGUUCCUUCCAUGUAGGCUUUGCACUAUUUUCUUUGUUAGUUACUAUGUUUUCUACACUACUUUCUUCUCCUUUGUAUUUGGAUUUGUUACUCUUGAGUUAAGGUCUUUGGGAAACAUCCUACCUCUAUGAGGUAGUGGUAAAAGAUGUGUACACUUCAUCCUCCCUAGCCUCCCACUUGUGGGAUUUCAUUGGGUAUGUUGUUGUUGGUUAGCAAGUUCGUGUAUCCUUUUUUGGAAUAUCCAUAGUCAUAAGUUCAAAUUGCUCCUCGAUAAACCUGAAUCUCUGCUCUUUGUCACCAAAUUGGCUGAAAAGAUUUUUCUAUGUUCAAGAUAACUACCUCAAAUUUAAAUGAUUCAGCAGAUGCAUACCAUAAUUUACUUUUUAGGCUAAGAUUAAGAAGUCAUUGCUCUGGUUU